GCUGAAGGUUACAAUCUCUUCCCAACCACAUGAAACAGCUCUUGAAAGAACUAUCCAACCCCUGGCAAUCAGUCUCUCCCCUGCCAGUCAUUCGAACCAAGCAUGCCACUUCAGCAGCUCAGAGAGUCCGAUGGUCCCAUUGAAACCCAGUUGUCUGGCUGCGGUGAGUGGAUUGAAUAUGAUAAGCUACGGUUGGGGUCUGCAUACGUCGACAAGUAUAUUAAGGGAAUUAUUUCAGUGAAGUAUCCAUCACAUGAACUUGGAACAGGAGAAAAAGUUUUAAAAAUGGCUUUGGAAGAGUCAACUUCGCAGCCGUCGACAUCUAGCCAAGCUUCAAUCAACACCUUUAUAUUUGGAAAGUUGGUGGGAGACUGCGAUAGCAUUCUUAAACAAGGGGACACGGUGGUGCUCACGAAUUUCCAAGUUUGUAAGUCCCCAAGUGCCAGUAAGGAUGGAAGGCAUGCUUUCCAGCUCGAACUUUCAGACGAAACAGGAGCCACGGUGUUUGUUUGUAGCAAAACUGGGCAAGAAUCGGCAGCGAUCAUCCGAAAGUCUAAGGUUGGAAUGCAGGAUUAUACGUACGUGCCACUAAAUAUGCUCAAAGGAGGAGUCACUGUAAAUGUGUAUGGCGUUGUGAAAUUCUUCAAGCCUCCAUAUCGCAGCAAAGGAACAGAUUACUGUACUACAGUCACCAUCGUGGACCCUUCGGAAGGAAAGCUCCAUUGUGUGAUUUUCAACGGGAAUGCUGAUCUACUUCCCAAAAUCUACAAAAUUGGUGAUGUGGUUCGUUUCCAUAGAGUCAAGAUUCAAGAAUUCAACCAAGAACUUCAGGCCAUCAGUGCUCCUGGUUUCUCAGCCUUGACAUUUGAUGGAGCUCUGGAAGCACCCAUUCAACCGCGAGCAUCCAGUAGGACGUACCAUUUCACAUCCACAGACCAGCGAAAGGUGGAGGAACUGCGCAGAUGGGCAAAUGCAAACAUUUCUGUCUUCAAGUCAGCCACUAAACUCUCAGAAGUCAAGCCUGCUGGGUAUUUUGACUUGACCUGUCAACUCGUUGCUAAAGCUGUCGUGGAUCGAUCUGCUGUAUUGUUGAAGGUCUGGGAUGGCACCAAAUGCCCACACCCAUUGAAGCAGGUCCCAGUAGACAGGAGCGCCCUGGAAGGAGAUCUCGGUGAAAUUCGUGGCCUGAGUCAGCUGACGGUGGAUGUGUUGGUGUACGAUAAUCACACUGGAGUUGCAAACUCCCUCAAGCUGGGAACUUACCUGAGAAUCCACAACAUCCAUGCAAAGUUGGUGACAGCCAGCACCGAGAAGCAAAAUGAGAGUCUGGACAGAGGGCCGGAAAUGGAAUUCCACCUCCACGGGGGCACGUCGUAUGGGAGAGGGAUAAUGGUGCUACCGACAGACUGCAGGGAUGUCCAGCAGCUGAAGCAAUCUUUAGAAUCAGCACUUCCUUCAAAUCAGGAUAGCAUGGAAGAUCUUGCGCUGAUGGAAAUAUUGAACAGCUCAAGUGGACCUUCAGCAGCUCAAGAAAUCUCACCAGACUGCAUGGAGCGAUGUCAUCAGGAAUCUGCAACGGUGCUCACAGCUCAUCAGCACAUCAGCGCAACCUCACUUAAAGAAGUCUUGGACCAAACAGCUCCUUGUAAAUACCGCAUCAGAGCUAAGCUGGUGAAUUAUGAACCCAAAGCUCUCUACCAGUCAGUGAAACUCUAUUGUCCCAAGUGUCGUACAAUGCAGGAGAUUCCAGAUGAUGAUGACAUUGAUGCUUUGUUGCAAGAUGUUUGUAGUGCUGAUGCUGCAACUGGUUCCCAGCCACACGAUGCUGAGUGGUAUGAAACAACUAUCUGGGAGCAAGGAGGCCAAAGACGACGUCAGAUCAUAGUCCGCUUUGUGAAGACAAACAGAUUGCAAAGGACUCCAGAACGCUCCACGAUCCUGGUGGAAAGUGUAUCUCUGAAUGAGCUGUACCGCUUCUCUGAGCAGUUUGGGAGUGUCAUUCCUACCACAUCCAGAACUGACCGCUUGAUACUGAAUGAUCUUUCCAUUCCUUUCCUGAUACAAGAUGGAAAAUGGCAUUAUGGCUGCAGGCAAUGUUCUGACCCUCAACCAGUGAGUGCUCUUCAAUCCCUGACUCGGGAAGAUUCAUGGGAACCAUCAGCAAUAGCCAAAGUUUUAGGCAUCCAAUGGCUGCAUUAUGUCUUCGUCAUGAAGUUUACACUUGAUGAUGGAACGGGACCACUUGAUGCAUUUUUGUGGGAUGAAGCGGAACGAUUCUUUGGGAUUUCUGCAGCUGAAGUUGUGAUCAGUGAAGUACUUCAGGAAAAGCUAACAAGAAUAAUGAACACAUUGUGUCCUCCAAGGAUAAAUCCAGAAGGCUUUCCGUGGCUGGAAUGCUGCCUCAAGUCCUAUUAUGUCGGAGAAGGUUUGGAGCAGAAGACGUGCUAUCAGGUGUUCGAUACCACUUUUGCAGGAUUCGAAGACAUUUAACGUUUCGUGUCCAUGUCCUGAACCAGCUUUACCGAGAGUGAGCCCUGUUGUAUUUUUGUAUUUAUUAUUGUUUCAAAGGCAAUGUCUUCAUCAUUCUUUGGGUUACGGAGGGUUAGUAUUUGUUUCAGGUUUCAGUACACUAUUUCCUUAACCAGAAUCAUGGAUAAAAAUCAAGCCAUUGUGCUCUGUGAAGAAGCAGACUGGAACACUCUGAAUUUAUAAUAUCUUCCCACGCCUGCCAACGUAUUUCCUUAUGGUUGGGAUUCUCUCGACACAAGUGCAUGAUCAUCCACUGCCAAGCUUCAGUAGGAAUGGAUCCUUUUAAUGGAAUGCCCGAAGACACAGAGGUGAUGAAGAAGGCUUUGGUUCAUCAAAGAGCUUAAAUUCACUGCCGAAUAUUUUAAACAUAAGUGGUUGCUGGCUAGCUCUGUAACGAUGUGUUCACUUUAGACAAUUGUUGCUCAAUUGUCGUAAUGUUUAUUCUUGUAAAAUGUUUUGAACCUUCUCCCUUAGCACCUGCAUUAUCUCUUGCAGCUGUCAUUUACUGAUUUGUUCUGGAUUCUUCACUUUAUAAGGGUUGCUUUAUGUUCCUUUUUUGAGGCGCACGGUUGCAUUUUAACACAGCUCUCUGCCCAGUGGCUUAAUUUUUUUUUCCUGUCGCUAAUUCCGUUCAUGCUUAAAUGAUCUCUGCACAUUUUAUGCAGCCUACAUUAAGUGGAAUUGUGGAAUCUUGUAACACCUUCUCACAAUCAAUUUGUUGAGCAACUUUGUAAGAUGUUGGAAUUCUUUAGAAGUUAGGUUACCUUGGUAAAGUUGAUGAACUGUAACUUCAGAUGACACCAUGGCCUGUCCUGUAUAUAGAUAUAGUUGUGUGCAAAAGUUUCAUAGAAAUUAGAUCUCACCCUUUGUUUUGGUACACCAAUCCAUUAUUGAGUUUUGUGUCGCAUUUCAUCUAUUUAAAAAUCUUGAGAUGGGCCAAAAAGAAAUUUAAACCAUGAAAUUACACCCUGAAGCAUACAGAUAAAAGGGACCCGGGCAGUUUCCAAUAUGACUGUAAUCGAUCCAGCAGCAGUGGUGUCACCUCACUCUGUGCAGCAGUCACUGACGGCUCAUCAACCCUCAAAGACACACUGCUCAAGGCAGCUGAAACCAGCAAAAAACACACAGUGGCUGCAGUUUGCAGCUGAUAUGCCACCAGGGGGCAGAUUGCUGUUCUCUUUGAACAGAGAUGCCAUUCAGGAGCAGCUUGCUACUCUCUUUGGAUGCAGAGAUGCUACUCAUGAGCAGCUCGCUGCUCCAAUUGGACACGGAAAUACUACUCGUGAGCAGCUCGCUGCUCUCAUUGGACACGAAUGAGCUUAGCGGUUAGUGCGACGCUAUUACAGCGCCAGCGAUCGGGGUUUGAUUCCCGUCGCUGUCUGUAAGGAGUUUGUACGAUCUCCCGUGUCUGUGUGGGUUUUGUCCGGGUACUCCGGUUUCCUCCUACAUUCUAAAGACGUACGGGUAGGUUAAUAUGGGUUUAAAACGGGCGGCGCGGACUCGUUGGGCCG